CAGGAAGGUCACACCAUCCCUCACCAUUAUCAGGGGGAGAAACUCAUUGAUAUAAAAGCCGAGGUGAAGAAGGAGGAAGAAGAUGAGACGUAUGUGACGGGUGAUGAGCAAUGUAUGAAGGAGGACAAGGUUAUGGAUCCCAUUAAAGAAGAGGAAUCUUCUCCAGAUAUUGGCUCAGAUGGAACAAUGGAUCCUGCUAAUCCUGAGGAAUCUUCUGGUAAAUCCCAUACUAUGACAACAGAUGUCCAUCUAAGAUCAAUGGACACUACUAAUCCUGAGGAAUCUUCUAAGAAAUCCUAUACUAUGACAUCAAAUGUCCAUCUAUCCCGUACUAUGACAUCAGAUGUCCAUCUAUCCCGUACUAUGACAUCAGAUGUCCAUCUAUCCCACACUAUGACAUCAGAUGUCCAUCUAUCCCAUACUAUGACCUCAGAUGUCCAUCUAAGAUCAAUGGAUCCUUCUAAUCCUGAGGGAUCUUCUGAUAAAUCCCAAACUAUGACUUCAGAUGUCCAUCUAAAAUCAAUGGAUCCUUCUAAUCCCGAGGAACCUUCUAAGAAAUCCCAAACUAUGACUUCAGAUGUCCAUCUAUCCCGUACUAUGACAUCAGAUGUCCAUCUAAGAUCAACGGGUCCUUCUAAUCCUGAGGAACCUUCUGAUAAAUCCCAUUCUAUGACUUCAGAUGUCCACCUAAGUUCUCACAGUGCUGACAGAUCAACAGAUCCUUCCAACCCCCAUGAGGGAGCUCACACAAAAGGACUUGAGAAACACCAGGUAUGUCACACGGCUGCGCGUCCUUAUUCAUGUUCGGAGUGUGGAAAAUGUUUUGCUAGGAAACGAAGCCUUAUUACGCACCUGAGAGGUCACACUGGCGAGCGUCCCUUUUGCUGUUCAGAGUGCGGGAAAUGUUUUACUAAUAGUCAACGCCUUCUUAUACACCAGAGAAUUCACACUGGUGAGCGUCCCUUUUCCUGUUCAGAGUGCGGAAAAUGUUUUUAUGAGAAACAACACCUUGUUGUACACCAGAGAGUUCACACGGGGGAGCGUCCCUUUUGCUGCUUGGAGUGCGGAAAAUGUUUUUAUACAAAAGAAGCCUUUGUUAACCACCGGAGAAUUCACACUGGCGAGCGUCCCUUUCGCUGUCCUGAGUGCGGAAAAUGUUUUUCUGACAAAGGAAACCUUCGUAGACACAUUAAGAAAACUCAUAUUGGCUUUGCUGACCAAAGACACGUUGGUAUACACCAGGGUGAGCGUCCCUUUUCCUGUUCAGAGUGCGGAAAUUGUUUUUCUAGAAAAGAAACCCUCGUUAUACACCAGAGAAUUCACACUGGUGAGCGUCCUUUUAGCUGUCCGGAGUGCGGAAAAUGUUUUCAUGACAAAGGAAGCCUUAGUAAACACAUUAAAAGAACUCAUAUUGGUUUUUCUGUCCAAAGACACGUUGGUAAACCCAAGAAAGUUCACACGGGUGAGCGUCCCUUUUCCUGUUCAGAGUGCGGAAAUUAUUUUUCUAGAAAAGAAACCCUCGUUGUACACCAGAGAAUUCACACGGGAGAGCGUCCCUUUAGCUGUCCAGAGUGCGAUGAAUGUUUUCAUGAUAAAGGAAACCUUCGUAAACACAUUAAGAAAAUCCAUAAUGGUGAAUGUCUCUUUUCCUGUAUGGAGUGCGGGAAUUUAUUUUCUGACCAAGGAAGCUUUCGUGAACACCAGACAAUUCAUACAGACGAGCGUCCCUUUUCCUGUUUGGAGUGCGGAAAAUGUUUUUCUUGCCAGACAAGCCUUCGUAGACAUGAAAAAAGAUCACGCUUGUGUAGUGGUACACCCCCCCCCCCAUGUAGGGGGCUACUGAGUGAUGUGGCCCAUCUUUCACCCUGCCCAGCCCGGCAUUCACUUCCAGACACUCCAAGGCGAUGAAAAGUCCAUCAGCUGCCAGUAAAAUCACAGUCUCUCCCCCUCAGACUGCCUCCCAGUCCAAUCCAGCAUGCCUCUCCCAGUAUUUUUUUUUAUUGUUACUUUCCAAGGAAUAAUGUAUAAAUGAAUAAAAAAAGUCCAAUGAGAUUCCAGUCACAUGGCUAAAAUAACGGUUCUUCUACUUGUAUUAAAGCUUUUGUGAAUUGAGUCUUAUAUGUUGUAUUUUAAUGUUUGCUUUGUUUUUCAUUCCAUAAAUAUUAAAAUUCUAUCAAAUUGUUGUAUUUUGCUUUAUUUUUGUAUUUUUUUGAUGUGAAGUGAGGUAUAAUCUAUGUAUGUAGUCGUCGAUGUAUCUUAAAAGAAGAUUGGACCACGUUGAUCCGGAUUCUUAUGUUGUAUUUCAAUCUUCGGUUUGUUUUUCAUUCUAUAAAUAUUAAAAUUCUAUCAAAUUGUUA